AAUUCUUACCACGCCUAUAAAAAGAGUAGUCAGUGUGAGCAAAACAUUAGUUUCAACCAGUAAACUACACAAAGUAGACAGCAUGCAGAAGACAAUUCUUGCAAUCAUCGCAUUGGCCCUCUUCGGUUUCGCUAAUGCGCAAGUCAAAUUUGAUGGUGCCUGCCCAACCAAUGUGCGGGUACAAAGUAAUUUCAACGUGUCGGCUUAUAUGGGGAUUUGGUACGAAUAUUCCAAGUAUCCCGCUUUCUUUGAGGCUAAUCGUAGGUGUAUACAAGGGCAAUUAACGUUGAGGAGGGACGGUGGAGUGGACGUGGUGAAUAGCGGGAUUAAUACGAUUACCAACAAACCCAGUUCCACUGCCGGUUCUGCCGUGGUCGUUGAGAAUGCUAAGCUGAAGGUUACCUUCCCGCAAAGCGCUCCCUCUAAUGUCACCUCCAACUACUGGGUUUUGUCUACCGAUUACGAUAAUUACAGUGUUGUUUACUCCUGCAAGCCAUCUGACGCCAACUCACAUAGCACCAUCGCUUGGAUCUUAACCCGCACACGGGCACCCUGUGCCGAAGUUAUUUCGAAAGCUAAAAGUGUUUUGACUGAAAACGGCGUUUCUUUGAGUGAAUUGGUUGUAACGGAUCAAAGCAAUUGCUAAGCAGCAGUUCCGAAUAUUUGCUCCCAUAAGCUGAAAACCCCUAACUGAAGGAACGAGCUUUAAAUUGUGAAUAAGUGGCGUAUUCAAUUUAAAAUCUCUCUGCCAGUUAACUUAAAUAAAUUGUGUAUGCCAAAUAAAAGUAAUUGGCACGCAUUGUAUAAUAUUUCUUAUAGUAUCAAAUAAAACAUUCCCUGAUAUUUUCAACAUAAA